AUGAUCAAAGGACUGGAAGACCUGCCAUAUGAAGAGAAGGUUAAUACUAGAAACGUGGGACAUCUCUACAAAAUCCGCGUAGGACAUACAAAUACAGGAAUGUCUCCUGCCUGGCACUGCGAAGAGGUGCAGUUGCUGGACCUUUUCUCAGGGGAGCAGUUUGAUUUCCCUGCACAUCGAUGGCUGACCUGGGACCAGGCUGGUGGGGAAAUAUCUAUGGAGCUUCCUGUUAUAAAGCAGGGUCAGCCUAUUCUUCCAGUGACCAUUUAUGAAGUGCAUGUGACAACAGGAGAACUCUGGAAUGCUGGGACUGAGGCUGAUGUCUAUAUUUCUGUCUACGGACAAAGAGGUGAUACAGGAUCAAGACUGCUCAGGUCACAGAAAUCCAAGAAAUUUUUAAAAGGACAAACUGACAUCUUUGCUGUUGAAGCUGUGCACCUCGGACAGUUGUACAAGAUCGUUAUAGGACACAAUGGUCUUGGAUCAGGAAAUGGCUGGUUUCUGGAUAAAGUUGUAAUCAAGGAUCCUGUAACAGAUUUGGAUUAUACCUUUCUUUGUCACAGGUGGCUGGACAAGGGGCAGGAUGAUGGCAAUAUUGCUAGAGAACUGACUGUGACAGAUGCCAGCACAUUUCCAGGAAGGCAGGAGCUGGAACUCAAGAGAGGGGAAACUAGAAAAGAAAAGACUUGCUGUGAACUCCGUGUUCAUCCUCAACCAAAUGGCUGUGCCAUUCUUGAGUCAGCCAGGAGUCCAGGUCACGUUGUUACCUUCAAUCUUCAAGGCAAAGUCGCUGAUGAAACAACAGGAUAUGCUGGACUUACCAAAGAAUUUGUUGUGCAUGUCAAGGGUGUAUUUCACCAUGGUGCCAUCAUUCUGCUCAACACAAGUCUCUGCCAGGCUCUGUCCUGUCUACCUGAUGGGAGUUGCAGCGGAGCAGGUCAGCAGGGGCAGGACUCCUACUGGAAGGUGCAUAAAAUUGGCUCUGGAGUCUGCAUGUUUGAAAGUGUGAGAAACCCAAGAAUGUAUCUGAAGAUUAAAGAUGACCAGUGUAAUGGAACAGGCACAGGUGAUGAAUAUUGUCACUUUAAAAUUGAGAAGAAUUUGGAAACUGGAUCUGUAAGUCUAGAAUCAGUGCGAAAUCAAGGAAUAUAUGUUGGUCUCCUGCCAGAUGGCCAGACUAAGCCAGUAAUUAACACCGAAGAAAGAAAUAUUUUUUUCUACCCACAGGUCAUAAAAUAUGGCCGGGAAGAGCCUAUGGGAACAUCUGCAGCACCCAAUCAAGAGAAGAAAGACUUCAGAGAAUCUCAACUCCAACCAGCAAAAGCCCAGAAGCCAGUAUCUGAAAACCUUUCAACUUUUCUACCCUCAAAGGAAAUGAGAAAUCCCCAAGGUGGUGAGUGUCCCCUUCCUUCAGAUGAUGAAUGGAAAGUGUCAAUGGUGACAGGAAAUGGAGGAAGUGAAGCAAAUGCCAUUCUCUGGAUAUAUGGAGACGGAGGAGUAGCUGGACCAAUAACUCUUGGCAAGGACAACAGAAAGCAGCCAUCUCUUCCCAGGCAGGAGAAUGAAUUUCAGGUUAAAAUAAAAAGCAUUGGGAAUAUCUACAAGAUAAGAAUUGAACUGGUUGAAUUACUGAAUGAAGAAUCUGAGUGGAACUUACAAAGGGUGACACUGCAAAAUCUGAAGAGCCAGGAAACACUGAAUUUUCCAGCAAACACAUGGUUAUCAAAGAAUCAUGAUGACAGAGACUUUCUCUGUGAACUUCCAGUAGUGGAAGCUGGAAAACCUAUCUAUCCAAUUAUUUUAUACCAUGUUUAUGUCUACACUGGUGACAUGAAGCAAGCUGGUACAGAUUCUGAGGUUUAUCUAUGUAUCUAUGGAACAAGAGGAGAUUCUGGUCUAAGACAUCUGCAUAAAUUUGGUAUACCAGUGACAUUUCAGAGAGGAAUGGUCAAUGCUUUUGAAAUGGAAGCUGUAUCCCUUGGAAAACUGCAGAAGGUGCUGUUGCGCUGUGAGGCUAAAGACAAAUCCCAGUAUUGGUACUGUGAAAAAGUCAUUGUCAGAGAAGCUCAGAGCAACUCGGAGUAUGUUUUCAGUUGUGAAAGGUGGCUUCCAUUUAUGUCCCAAGGUGUAAUUCAUUCAGAAAUUGAGCUGUACCCACAAGAACUUCACAUAAAUCAAAACUUGAAAAUGCAAGAAGAAGCAAACGAAGGAGACUGGAAGAUUACUGUUGUCACUGGGGAUUCUGAAACAGCUGGCACGACAGCAAUGGUGUCCCUUUACGCUUAUGGAGAAAACAAAGCUUCUGGUCCUAUUAUUUUGGGAUCUGGGAAACACCAGCUGUUUAAUCCCAGCAGUGAAGAUUCAUUUAAGGUUAAUCUCAGAGAUCUUGGGCAUCUGUAUAAAAUCCGCAUUGGCCACGACAACACUGGAAAUGAUCCCAGUUGGUACCUGAAGGAAGUCAGACUUGAAAGAGUAGUUCCUCUUUCUGAUGAGAAGAUUUGUCUCCCCAUAGAGUGCUGGCUUGCAGAAGACAAGGAUGAAGGCGAUACAUGGAGAGAAGUGGCAAUAAGAAACCCUGCAAAGGAGCUGUUGCCAUUGUUGGUGUACGAGGUCCAUGUGUACACGGGUGCUAAACUUGGUGCUGAAACAGAUUCUAAUGUUUAUAUAAACCUCAUUGGGACAAGAGGAGAUGCUGGUAAAAGGAAGCUCCACAGAUCUGAGAAUAAUAAUGUAAAAUUUCGACAUGGACAGGUGGAUAUUUUCUGUAUAAAGGCUGUCUCUCUGGGAGACUUGGAGAAAGUUCUGAUUAGCCAUGAUGGAGCUGGUCCAGGCAAUGGAUGGUUCCUGGAUAAGAUUGUGAUCAAACAUAAAGAAGGAAGGGAGGCUCGGGAGGUUAUAUUUCCUUGUAACAGAUGGUUAGAUGAGUAUCAAGAUGAUGGGAAGACUGAGAGGGAGCUAACUGCAGAUAAUGAUGGCAAUUCAAAGAAGACAUUCCUUAAAGGAAAAAAGUGGAGGGUGCAGGUUAAAACAGAUGGAGAUUCCCCAGAGCCACGGGAGUGUAAAAGGACCCUUGUGAUUUAUGGCUCAAAGGGCAAAAGUGAUGAGCUUCUGCUUUCUCCACAAACCCCAGGAUAUGUGUGCUUUCUACCCAAAGCAACAGAUGAAUUCAUUGUUGAGACUGGAGAUCUGGGAGAUGUAUACAAGAUUCGGGUCAGCUGUGAUGAUGUGCCAGGCUUUGAGGGUUGGCAUUUGAAGUCUUUUCACUUAGAAGAGCUACAUACAAAACAAGAAUUGAACUUUGACUGUAAGUGCUGGCUCUCUCUUAACAGAGAAGGCACAGAGCUGGUGAAAGAAUUCCCUGCAGUCAGUGAGGACCAGGAAACUUUGCCAGUCUAUAAGUAUGUUGUCUCUGUACAUAUCGGUGACCGCUGGGGAGCAGAAACAUUUGCCAAUGUUUGUAUCACUCUCUAUGGCAAAAGAGGGGACACAGGUGUAGAUUCAUUUUUGGUGGAAGCUGUUUCUCUGAGUCAUUUAGAAAAAGUGGUUAUAGAACACGAUGGAGAAGGCUAUGGAGCUGGGAUGUACCUCAAGAUGGUAACAGUCAAAGAAUCACAAGACUCAGACAAAGAAUGGGUCUUCCCAUUGUGGAACUGGCUUGAUACUCACCUGGGGUUAUGUGAGACCGUUUGUGAGAUUGGGACAGUUGGCAGAAGACUGAUUUAUAGUCCUGAACUGCCUAAAAUCAACAUGAAGUCAUCAGGUCUCUGGAUAAUGGACAUCACUGGAUCUGACAUGAGCACAGAAGAGGAUCCAAUAUGCCUUUCUUUUACCUUCUACGGCAACAUGAGUCGCAAAAAGUUGCCAGUUCAAGUUACAGGAAAAGCAACUCAGAUCAAAGAUGAACUGGCAGAUAUUGGCUCAAUAUACAAAGUUCAGGUGACUGGCCCACGUAGCGAGCUGAAACAGCCUUGGCACUUAGAUUUACUGCAUAUGAAGCACACAGGCACAAAGGAAGAGAUGUAUUUAGCUUUCGACUGCUGGUUCAACCCUAAUGAAGACAAAUGUGUGGAACUGCCAGCUCUUUAUGCAGAUCAGGAGCCUUUGCCUGUUGUGGAAUACACAAUCCAGAUGCACACAGGAGACUUGAAGAAAGCAGAUGUCACUGGUGAGGCCUAUCUUUGUGUACAAGGAGAGAAGAGCGACUCAGGGAAACGAUGGCUUAACUCGAGGAACAGCCUGGUCACUUUUGCUAGAGGGCAGAUAGGAGUUAUAUAUCUUGAAGAUAAUACCUUAGAGAAAUGUGGACAGCAAGACUGCUUGCUACAACGGGUGGGUGUUUUCAAAAUCAAAGCAGUAUACCUUGGCAAGUUGAACGAAGUUCUUGUUGGAUUUAAGAGUAUAAAAAAAGAUGAGUGGUUCUUAGAAAAAAUUGUUGUAAAAGAAGUCCUCUACCCUUUUUCUGAAUAUGUGUUUGUUCACAACGACUGGAUCAAUAAACGCUCCAAGAAAGAUUUUGUAGAAGUGGCAAUUCCGCUCAAAGAAACAUCUGUGACAUCUCUUCUCACAAAAAAUGUUGAUACUAAAAGCAGAGGACGAUGGCAAACAUGGGUGCAUUGUACACAAGUACCUGAAGAUGUUCCUGAUAUUCAGGUUGUUGUAUUUGGAAGAAAAGGGAAAUCUCCUGCACAGAAAAUUCAGAAUCUGAAUGAUAAUCCAUUUUUGUUGAUUGUUGGUGAUAUUGGAGAUAUAACAAAAGUUUCCUUUGUGUUAUCUGGUCCAUGCUUAGGAAGAGGAAUUAAGCUUCAUAAGCUUCGGCUACAAGAUAUGGACACUAAACAAGAGCUGGGCUUUCACACUGAAGCCCAAUGUCUGUUUGGAGAAGACGGAUCUGAGACUGUAACAGAGCUAGCAGCAGUCAAGCCAGACAAGCCACCCCUCAGGGAAGUUCUUUACUUGAUCAACGUUCAUACGGGAUCAUUGCCUGCAUCGGGGACUGAUGCGGAUGUUUUUAUCACAGUGUUUGGAGACCAGGGAGAUUCCUGCAAAAGGAGACUAAGACAAUCACAUUUUGAAAGAGGACAGGUUUCUAUCUCUGAAUUGAGAGCAGUAGAUCUUGGACAGUUAAGCAAAGUGCUUGUUGAGCACCAUAAUGUGGGUUAUGGAGCUGGAUGGUACCUGGACAAAAUUGUCAUCCAUGAAUCAGGCAACAAUGAUGGCCAAUAUGCAUUUCUUUGCCAGCAAUGGUUAGACAGUGGAGUUGGUGAUGCACAGACAGAACGGAUGUUGAAACUUCUUGGAAAAGUCAAGAAUGAGACAUUGACAGGAAAGAUUUGUGGGACUUGGGCUGUCCUUGUCACCACUAGUGAUAUUUCUUCUAGUUCCAUUAAUCCAAAAAUGUCUCUAACUGUAUGUGGUGAAAAAGGUACCUGUACUUCAGUCAUAUUGCCAAAAGGAUCACUUAAAAAAAAGCAGAUUUAUGAGACUUCAAUUGAACUAAGUAAGAAAUUCAAUACUAUAUUCAAAGUUCGCCUAGAAAUUGAAGAAGCUGGAGAAGGAGAGACUUGGUAUUGCCGUGAGGUAAAGCUUCAACACAGAGAAAGUAAAAAUCUUCUAGAAUUUCCAUUUUGCCACAACUUUGCAGAUGAAGAAGGAGGAAGAGUGGCUGAGCUUCCAGUUCUCACAGCUGGCUCUCCUUUUCCAGCAGUGAAAAACUAUGUUCUCUAUAUCACUACGGGAGCAUCCCCUGGGUCUGGAACAGAUGCAGAUGUGCAUGUCAUGCUCCAAGGCCUUUUAGGAGAUACUGGCAGAAGAAAGUUAAUCAGAAAAGGCAAUGACAAUUUCACUAAAGGAAAGGUGGAUGUUUUUCAAGUGGAAGCAGUAGAUGUUGGGACUCUGCAAGGGCUGGUGGUUGAAAAAGGGAAAGGCUCUGAUUGGCUUCUGGAGAAGAUUAUUGUGAAAGACUCAGCAGCUGCAGGGACAGAAACAUUGUUUAUGGCUCAAACAUGGCUAAAAGACACCCGUGGUGGAAAAAGAUCUGCCUCAUCAUUUCUGGUUAUCGUGGAUGCUGUUGAAUUGGGAGAACUGGACAAAGUUGUUCUUUUGAUCAGCAGUAAAACAGACUGCAAACUGGACAUUAAAAAAUUGCAUUUGAAAGAAGCUGUAAAGGAGCAUCCUGUCUAUGUAUUUGAAGUGAAUGAGGCAUUUUUUGUGGAUGCAAAGAAACCAGAAAUACAGAGAGAAAUCCCAGUAUCUUUUGUUAUUAGAGGAGACGAACAAAAGAAUGAUACAGAUAACAACUUACAUAAAGAAGGAAGUCAAGAAAGAAAUCUGACAGAGUAUACUAUUAAAGUGUACACAGGUGACAAAAGGGGAGCAGGGACUGAUGCAAAUGUGCAUAUUAUUUUAUUUGGCACUGAUGACAAAUCUGAGGUAAUUCAGCUCUCUCAGCCACUGGAGCACCACGACCCCUUUGAAAGAGGAAAAGUUGAUACAUUCAAGAUUAAGACAAAAAGAUUAGAAGGCCUACAUUCAAUUGAAAUUGGUCACGAUGGGAAAGGAUUUGCAAGUGGCUGGUUUCUGGAAAAAGUAGAAAUCACAGAUGCAUCUCAGAAUUCAUUGUAUUGCUUCAAUUGUAACAGGUGGCUUGCUGAGGAUGAAAAUGAUGGACGCACUGUAGUGCAACUUUAUCUAUAG